AUAUUAUCCAUCGUUAUCUUAUUCAUAUCUUAACAAGAAUUGUUUCAAUGCAGAAUUAGCGGUGUUGAAAAACUUGGAGACUUUGGAUUUAAGCCUUACUGAGCUUAGUUCCCUAACAAUGCAAGAUUCUAAACUGCUGUCUAAUUUGAGCAAGAUGAGACAUCUGGAUCUAAGUGGUAAUCAUUUUGACAAGGAUGCCUUCAGGAUUUUGGGUGCUCUCCCAUCCCUUAAGUUUAUAUCCUUAGAGUCCAAUAGAAUCGAAGGACCACUUUCUAACCAAGAAUUGACUUAUAAUCUUAGCAAUCUAGAGGUCCUCCUCCUCAAAUCUAAUAAGCUCAAUGGAACGCUACCAAUGGAAGGCAAGAAAUUUGUUUUUUAAAUUGACUUAGGAUCACCCUGCAAUCUUGAUUGUAUUUUGUUAAGCUCUCUUGGCUCGAUUUUACCUUUGUCAUUUGUUUUGGUAGGUUUGACAUCCUUUCGCCGUUUGGAGAUCUUAGAUUUGAGUGAGAAUAAUUUCUUUGCAAGUAUUCCUCCAUCCAUAGGAGCAUUAUCUUCUCUGAAAGCUCUAUCUCUGGCUCAAAAUUACCUUAAUGGUUCUUUACCAAUUCAAGGUAAAAAUUAUAUUCGUUAAGGUUAUCUAUUAUAAACUAGAAGGCCAACAAAAAUUCUAUUUAUUCCUUUCUUUUAUUUAUUUAUUUGCUUCAUGCUUGUUUAAUUUGUUUAGCAUUGAAGAAAACUAUAAACUAGCAUCAUAUUUCUUUUUUCAAGAGUUAGGUGGAGUUUGAUAAAAUUACAAGUUGAAAAUUAAGUACUGAAAAUUAAAAGCUAAAUUCUUUUAGUUGAAAAGUUAUUUGAUAAAAAUUUAAGUGUUGAAAUUGUUUGAUAUGUAAGAGAUUAAAUUUGAAAUUUAUUAUUUUCAAAUUAUAUGUUUCAAAUUUUAUAUUGUGAUGGUGGUGGUGGUGAUGAUGGUGAGGUUAUAACGGUAUAUGUCAAUGCUUGUGCAUAAGUAUUUAUAAAUUCAGCUAGUAUUAAGUAAGUUUCAUAUCAUUUAAAACUUUCUUAACUUUUAGCAUAAAUUUUAAGACCACUUAAAUUUUUAAGUGAUGUUAAUUAUAAUUAUCAAAAGGAUGUAAUUGAUUUUCAUUCAAUACAUUUGGUUUUAAAUAUUGAAUUUUGUUAUCGAACAACAUUUUAGUAUACAUCUUAUAAUAACAAAUUUUUUACAUAAAUCCAUGGCAUUACAAACAAUACGUGUUUCAUAAGCUUCUUGUUUUGUAGGUUUGUGCAAAUUGAAGAAACUUGAGGAGUUAGAUCUCAGCCAUAACCUCUUUGAAGGGAUCCUUCCUCCAUGCCUAAGCAAUUUGAGAUCUCUCAAGUUUUUUGAUAUUUCUCUAAACCAAUUCACAGGAAACCUCUCUCCAUCUAUGUUUGAAAGCCUCAACUCCCUAGAGUACAUUGGUCUUAGUCAUAAUCGUUUCGAGGGUUUAUUCUCUUUCAGGUCAUUUGCAAACCAUUCAAACCUUGAAGUGGUUGAAUUGAUAAGUGAAAAUGACAAAUUUGAGGUAGAGACUGAAUUUACAGAUUGGAAUCCCAUGUUUCAGUUGAAAGUCCUUGUUCUAUCAAAUUGUAAUCUAAACAAGCUCUCUGGCGAUGUUCCAAAAUUUCUCCUUUACCAAAACAGGCUAAUGUUCGUUGAUAUCUCUCACAAUAACUUGACAAGUUCUUUCCCAAACUGGCUACUGGUAAACAACACGAGACUAGAACAUUUAAUCUUGCAGAAUAACUCUUUUGUUGAUCUAUUUUUUCUGCCGCAAUACUGCUAUACAAGUAUUUCCCGAAUUGACAUCUCUGACAAUCACUUCAGUGGGAAAAUUCAAGCCAACAUUGGGGAUAUGUUUCCAUAUAUUCGAUACAUAAACUUAUCCAGGAAUGCUUUUGAAGGUGGUAUCCCAUCCUCAUUUGGUAAGAUGAGUAACUUGGAUGUUCUGGAUUUAUCCACUAAUAAUUUUUCAGGGGAGGUACCGAACCAGUUAGUUCGAAAUUGCAUAUCUUUAGGAGCUUUAAAAUUAUCAAAUAACAAUUUUUGUGGCCAAAUCUUUUCAGUUGACUUCAACUUGACGCAGCUAUGGAUUUUGCAGUUGAAUGAUAAUCAAUUUACAGGACCUGUAACAAAUGUGCUCUCCAAAUUGCAUGAAUUGUAUUUCCUUGAUAUUAGCAACAACUACAUGACUGGUAAGAUUCCAAGUUCAAUGGGUAACAUGACAUCGUUGAGAACACUAAUCAUGGGAAAUAAUUCAUUCAAUGGUGAGUUCCCAUGUGCAUUGGUUCCAAGGGUGUUUAUGGAUAUCUCUUAUAACUUAUUUUCAGGAUCAAUACUUCCUUCUUGCUCAAACCCAAACCUACAAUACUUGGAGCAUAUGCAUUUGCAAGGAAACAAGUUCACAGGGUUAAUUUCAAGGGCUCUCCUUAAUUCGUCAUUUCUUUUGACUCUGGAUAUUAGAGACAACAUCUUUUUUGCUAGCAUUCCUGAUUCCAUUAGGCUACUUUCCAACAUCAGAAUUCUUUUGUUCAGAGGGAACCAACUGAGCGGUUCAAUUCCAACUCAAUUGUGUCAAUUAAAUAAGAUAAGUUUGAUGGACCUUUCCAAUAACUAUUUAGAUGGGUCUAUUCCCCAUUGUUUCGAUAAUUUCACCUUUGGCAUGAUAGGGGCUAGUGACCAGGCCUUCAUGCAGACAAUUGUAUCUUCGUCCGGUAGGAAUACGUUUUACAAAUAUGAUGGUGUCCUAGAAACGAAUUUUGAAAUCCAUGACAUGGAUACCAUGUAUAACAAAGUAGAUGAAGUUGAGUUUGUUACCAAAAGUAGGACUAACUUCUACAGGGCUGGUAGCAUCCUUAAUUUCAUGUCUGGAUUGGAUCUGUCAUGUAACAAACUAACAGGUGAAAUACCUUUUGAACUAGGGAAGCUAAGUAGUGUUCGAGCACUGAACUUGCCUCACAAUCUCUUGACUGGACCCAUCCCAAAGACCUUCUCAAACCUUGCCCAAAUAGAGAGUUUGGACCUUUCUUACAACAGUUUGAGCGGAAACAUCCCAACAGAACUAAUCAAUCUAAAUUUUUUGGAAGUGUUCACUGUGGCUCACAACAAUUUAUCAAGUAAAAUAUUAGACAGGAAAGCACAAUUUGGGACCUUUGAAGCGAGCAGUUAUGAAGGAAAUCCAUUUCUUUAUGAACUGCCAUUGGAGAAAAAUUGCACAACCAUCAUUGAUUUGCCAUACUCGCCAACAACAGCAUCCUCAGAUGAAACUGAGGGAAAAUGGUAUGAUAUUGAUCUACCGAUUUUUUCUACAAGUUUUAUAGGAAUGUACAUCACUUUCUUGUUUGGAUUUGCUGCUAUUCUUUACAUCAACUCAUACUGGAGACAAAGGUGGUUCUAUUUGAUUGAGGAGUGUAUGUAUUCUAAUUAUUAUUUUAUUUCUAAUACUCUUUACAACAUAUUAGGCCAUCUCAAUAAUUAG